GCCAUCUUGCUAGCGGCCGUUCCAAUGCUCGCGUCUCGUGCCACAAAUCGCUCUUAAUUCGCACUAAUUACCCAUAAAAACACCAGAAAAACAACAAUAAACAGUGCUAAAACACCUCAAGACCCCCAAAAGGACGAAACACCGAACGUUGUUGACAUAAAUUGUGUGUUGUUGAUAUAUAUGUGUGCAUUCAACAUUUUCAACUGUCUAGGUGAGUAGUCAGUGGUCUUUGUGCGCGACAAUUAUCAUUCUGAUCGAUUCGGCGCGGGGGUGUGCACUCCGAGUUCGUUUUAUAUCUUUUGUUGUUUUGUAACGGUCUGAAAUCAAUAAUUUUAGUGGUGAGGACUCUAGUUGACCCGUGCGGACUGACGUGAGUGUGCGUUGACUUAUUUAUCGCGUUUCAAUUGAGAUUAUUUCUCACCGUGUGAAAGUACAAACUGUGCCUGUGUUUCAACGUUUUGAUACGUGUGAUCGUCGCUGCCAGCCACUUGUAUGUACAAAAUUGGAGGCGCUAUGCGCUAGUGCAGUGAAGUGUGAGUGCAGUGACCAGUGAAGUGACAUGAAGUGACACGAUGCGUGACAGUGACCGAGUGGCGGCCCGGCUCGUGAGCUCCUGAAUGAUAGCUACGGAUAACGGCGUGGUAUGGACAAGGAGAAUGGCGAAGGCGCCGAGGCUGCCGGCAAGCCGCCGGCCCCCGACCAGCUGCUGGACGCGGCUGGACUCUUUGGGGCAUACUGGGGCCGAGACGGCGGCGGUGGCGGGAGCGCGGCGGCGCAGGCCCAAGCGCAGGCGCAAGCGGCGUUAUUCGGCUUCGGUGGCCGCUACCCGCCGCCCACCACCCUCGGGGUCGCCGCCAACCAGGCUGCUUCCCUGGGACUCCACCCUGCUGCCAGCGCAGCAUGGUGGUCCAUGGCCUCCCACCUAGCAGCGCAGGACUACCUGGCCCGGCUGCAGGCAUCUGGCCUGAACUUCCCACCGCUAGCCGACCCCUACUCCGCGCUGUCGGCGCUGUCGGCCGCUGGACUGAAGCAGCCGAAGACGCAGCAGAAGCAACCUGGAAGGAAUGAGAGGUCAGGCCGCAGCAGCACAUCAUCCAGCACGUCCACCAAGGACAAGAGUCCUUCCACGAGCACCUCCAACUCGCAGCCGAAUAUGAGUGAGUGGGGGUCAAGUUACGGCUUCCCAAAGACCUCGUCUCCAUCCACGAUGCACUCGCAAGCUUCGUUAUCAAGUCUGGCGUCUCUCAACAGCCUGGUCUCAGCUCCUCAUCAGUCUAAGUCGAGCAGCAAGCAGCCUUCCGCGCCUUCUCAGUCAAGUCGGAAGCCAUCUUCCUCGUCAUCUUCCAAAGGCAAGGAGCGGGACCUGGCGCUGCUCCGCGGCGAUCUUAUGCUGGCACAGGCAGCGGCGCAUGGCGCUUACCACGCGGCUGUCGCGGCCGCUGCUAAGGGGAAGAAUAUGUCUCCGCUAUACCCCUUCGGCAUGCCAGGGUCCGAUAAAGACCGCCACGGCGGCAUCGACUCGCUUACCGGCCUGCCGCACACCAUACUAAGUGCUGCUUUGGAAGGCGGUGAUCCAUCUUCAGUGCUGGGCGGAGUGAGACUGCCUCCCGACACUGAGAUCAUCAAGUACACUUCCUCACUGGCGGGGCCUAAGGUGCCGCCCGGUUCUACGAAUAGAGGGAGAAAGAAGACAAUAUCCUUAGACCCACCACAGGUUUCUGUGCAUCCCUCGUCUGCCGACCGAAGCACCCCUGUCCCUAGCAAGAGGCAGAAAGUGACAAUAUCCUUAGACCCACCACAGGUCUCCGUGCAUCCCUCGUCUGCCGACCGAAGCACCCCUGUCCCUAGCAAGAGGCAGAAAGUGGAUGACUACGGCAACUCGCGGUCGUCGGUGGAAGUGAUCCGACUGCCGAACAAACCGGACCGGGGCAAUUCUUUGUCGGGAACGCCGCCGCCGAAUCUGUCGGAUUAUGCGGGCAUCUCCCGCGAGCUACUUCAAACCAUUGCAAGCCAGAGCGGCGUCAGUUUGGCUGCGUUGGAGCGACAACUGGCCGGCUCUGCCAGUGCCGCUGAUUCGGGCCUAAACCUCAGCACAAAAUCGAACUCAGACGACACGCCCCUAGACUUGGGUCUAAAGCAGUCUAUGGACGAGGAUGCGCCCCUCAACCUGUCUCUUAAACCUACGCCACCCACUGCACACGCGUCCGAUGCGCUAUCGCGGCUGACGUCACUCAGCAGUUCGCUCAACGCUUCUGGCAACGAUAGGAUAUCUCGACGAAAGCCAGGUGCAAAGCCAAGGCGUGUGGUGCCUGAACUAAACUCGCAAGUGGCGGACCUACCGAGACCUAAAUCAAGCGGCAGCGAGGACAGUGAAUCUGUCCCCGCAUGGCCCACGCGGGAAGGCAGGCCUCGCAACCUAGGCCGCGGGGUCAGCAAGCCCAAGAAGAAUACUGUAGCCUCUCUCCUGGCCCAGAGCCGGGCCUUAGGCCUCAGGCCGGCCUUGGCCCAGCAACUGCUGGGAGAGACUGACUUGGAGAAGCUGAAAGCGUUGCUAGGCGAGACUGCGAGCACGGACUCCGAGUGUCCGUCCGACAGCUGUCCGUCAGACUCCGACGCCAGCGACACCAGCCGCCGCUCCAACGACGCGCAGCUGCGGUUGCCGCUUGCACUAGGUUGGAAGAGGGUGACGGUGAUCAAGGGCCUGUCGCGCUCCUGCAGCAUCAAGGGCGACGUGAGCUACUCGCCGCCCGAGCCGCACGCCGCCGCCGCCAUCAAGAGCAUGCACGAGCUGCAGGCGAACAUUCUAGAAAAACAAACGACGUUCGUCCGCCCGAUCAACGGACAAAAGACGUGCGGCGCUUUCGCGAAGAUUCCAAAAAAACAGAUGACGUUCGCCCGCCCUAUCAACGGGCAAAAGACGUGCUGGAAGAGGGUGACGGUGAUCAAGGGCCUGUCGCGCUCCUGCAGCAUCAAGGGCGACGUGAGCUACUCGCCGCCCGAGCCGCACGCCGCCGCCGCCAUCAAGAGCAUGCACGAGCUGCAGGCGACGCGCGUCGCUUUCGCGAAGAUUCUAGAGAAACAAACGACGUUCGCCACCCUCUCGCUUAGCGGGCGAGACGUGCGGCGCUUUCGCGAAGAUACUGGAAAAACAAGCUGGAGGGUGACGGUGAUCAAGGGCCUGUCGCGCUCCUGCAGCAUCAAGGGCGACGUGAGCUACUCGCCGCCCGAGCCGCACGCCGCCGCCGCCAUCAAGAGCAUGCACGAGCUGCAGGCGUUCCUGGAGUCGAACCCGUGCCCCGCGCUGUCGGCCGACUGCUUCAGCUUCAGCGCGCGCACAGUGUUGGGAGAAUACGUGCAACCGGCUGCAGAGCUUGCUGAACCGCUUGUGUUUAACGAGCAGGAGAUCACUAAGAGUGAGAGGUCUACGGCUACGUCUUCAGGCCCGUGGUCACUAGAGAACGUGUCUGCCCCUACGGCCGUCAGUCCUACGAGCUAUGUAUCAGCUGACUGCUUCAGCUUCAGCGCGCGCACAGUGUUGGGAGAGUACGUGCAACCGGCUGCUGAGCUUGCUGAGCCGCUGGUGUUUAACGAGCAGGAGAUCACUAAGAGUGAGAGGUCUACGGCUACGUCUUCAGGCGCGUGGUCACUAGAGAACGUGUCUGCCCCGACGACCAUCAGUCCUACGAGCUAUGUAUCAGCUGACUGCUUCAGCUUCAGUGCGUGCACCGUGCUAGAAGAGUACGUGCAACCGGCAGCCGAGCUUGCUGAGCCGCUGGUGUUUAACGAGCAGGAGAUCACUAAGAGGUUGGAAGAAGCGCGGGCCCUCGCAGCGUUGGCAGGCCCUCGACCAACUCCUCCACCAGUGGACCGCCGCAUCGAGUUAGCGCGGCGCCAACAAGCUGCCAGGGACGCGCGCCGCGACGCCACCCACAACGCAGUGGACCGCUCCCACGAUCAUAUGAUGCUUGAAUCUCCAGUGAGCGACCAGAUAUCCCACAGUGAAGCAGUACAACGCGCUGACGGGAGAAGGCUGGAAGAAGAGCGGGCCCUCGCAGCGUUGGCGGGUCCUCGACCAACACCACCACCAGUAGACCGCCGCAUCGAGUUAGCGCGGCGCCAACAAGCUGCCAGGGACGCGCGCCGCGACGCCAGUCUCCGUUCGCGCGACCAGGCUCGUCUAGUCAGAGAGUUAGAGAGAAACGAAAAGGCAGAGAUGGCGAAACGGGAGAAGGAAGCUAGGAGUCAACAGUUACUUGAGGCUAAGCGAAAAAAGCAGGAAGAAAUCGAGAAGCAGAAGAUUGAGGAGCAAGCUAAAAGGCAGCAGGAGAGAGAAUUGAAGAGACAACAGGCUAUCCUACUAAAAGAACAGAAUGCCACAUCACGGGUGCAGCAAAAGUAUAUAACUGAGGAACGUGAAAGAAGACGGCAGCACACGACGUUCAUCCGCCAACUGGACUCUAGAAAGAGAUGGGAGGAUAAGGAAAGGAGAAAGCACCAGAACCUUCUGGACAGACUGCUGGUCAAAGAAAAGAAGCUGCAGCAGAGAAGGAAGGAGAUGGAGCUAUUGGCUGAGUUGAGACGGCCGCAAGAGGACUCAUCCCUCUCUGACAAGAAACCUCUGCCGACCCUCGCGCGGAUCCCCGGCCUCAAGCUUCCGGGGCAGGCUUUCGCGGACAUACUUCAAGUGUACGAGUUCAUACACAACUUUGGGCAGACUCUAGGAUUUGACGUAGACAACAUCCCGACUCUCAACACUUUCCAACUGGCCCUAUUGCCGGACUGCUCUGUUGAUGCAGAAGAAGAACUAGUGCAGGUUCUGACCCAGCUACUGGUUUGUGCCAUUGAGGACCCGGGCAUCCCGCACCCAGGUCGGCACACAACACUUCUAGGCCACGCUAUCCGUAUGGGUGACAUCACGCCUGCCAAUCUAAGUGAGGUGCUGCGGAUAUACCUGUAUGCAAACGCUACUGGGGAAAUCAAGGCGCUCACUGGGCUAACCGCAGAGCGUGAGCGCGAGCGCCGCGUAGCAGACCACCAUCAAAGCGACGCAGAAAUGCAACAUGCGUGCGCGCACUCUAAGAACGCGGCCUACUACGAGCAGUUACACGCCAACCAGACUUACAAGCUGUCCGAGGCCCUCCGUGACCAGCCAUUCCUAGCCCUGAACGCGACGACCAAGGCCAAGAUAUUGGCCUUCAUCUGCAACGAGCUGUUACAAAACAAAGCAGUGUUGCGGCAGAUCGACCAGUCUUUGGAGAACUUGAACCAGCUCAAGAAAGAGCGGUAUUUGAUGGAUAUGAAGAUCAGGAAAGUGCGAGUCCUCCACCAACGGAAAAUGCGCGCAGAACAGACUGAGAAGCAGCAAGCGCUAGCCUUGGAGCGCAUGCAGCGAUUGGUUGAGGAGAGCGCCGCUACGCGCAGCACUUCGCCGCCGCCUACAGACGAAGAACAACCACCAUCAGAAAAAAGCACACCCAAGAAACCAGACUCGCCCCAUCCUGAAGACGAAAAACCACCCUCCCCAUACAAAGAGCCGGAGGAGAGUGACAAGGAACUCUCACCCCUAAAGGACUUAUCAAAUAACAUGAAAAGCAAGGAGAUUCUGAAUAACAAUAAGGAGGAAUGUUCCCCGGCAGAUAAUUCUAAGUUGGAUAAGGACAGCGUUAUGGGAGACUGUGAUGCGAUAUUGAGCGAUUUGGAGAGCGAAGGCACUCAACCAGAGGAGGACGAAGACAAGAAUCUAUCUUCGGAAGAGCUAGCUCGCAAGUUAGAGAAACUGACGCGUCAGUCCGAACAACAGUUACAAUCUCUCGCUGCCGGCUCACACGCUCUACGUGCCACGUGCUAUGGCCAGGACAGGUACUGGCGCCGCUACUGGUCGCUCGGCAAGUGCGGCGGCGUGUUCGUAGAGGCGCUGGAGUCGGCGCAGCCCGAGACCAUGGCCUACCACCAGGCGCUGGAGGCCGCGCAGGCCCGCGCGCGCGCGCCCAUAGCCGCCCGGAGGAAGAAGAGAGGCAGUUGGAGCCUGUUGAAGCGAGUCAGCAAGCGCGGCGUGUCGGUGGAGGCGCUGGAGUCGGCGCAGCCCGAGACCAUGGCCUACCACCAGGCGCUGGAGGCCGCGCAGGCCCGCGCGCGCGCGCCCCAAGCCGCCCGGAGGAAGAAGAGAGUCAGCAAGCGCGGCGUGUCGGUGGAGGCGCUGGAGUCGGCGCAGCCCGAGACCAUGGCCUACCACCAGGCGCUGGAGGCCGCGCAGGCCCGCGCGCGCGCGCCCCCAGCCGCCCGGAGGAAGAAGAGAGGUAUUCGCGGCGUGUUGGUGGAGGCGCUGGAGUCGGCGCAGCCCGAGACCAUGGCCUACCACCAGGCGCUGGAGGCCGCGCAGGCCCGCGCGCGCCCGCCGCAAGCCGCCCGGAGGAAGAAGAGAGGUAGGAGUCCUUUAAUGGUCGCUUACAGGUCUCAUAAGAAGACUCAAGGUCACCCGAAGGUCGCUAACUAUAGGCCUGAAGGCUCAAAGUCACCCAAAGGGCAAUGGAGCGUGCUAUACUCGGAGAUUCCCUACCGAGUCAGCAAGCGCGGCGUGUCGGUGGAGGCGCUGGAGUCGGCGCAGCCCGAGACCAUGGCCUACCACCAGGCGCUGGAGGCCGCGCAGGCCCGCGCGCGCGCGCCCCAAGCCGCCCGGAGGAAGAAGAGAGUCAGCAAGCGCGGCGUGUCGGUGGAGGCGCUGGAGUCGGCGCAGCCCGAGACCAUGGCCUACCACCAGGCGCUGGAGGCCGCGCAGGCCCGCGCGCGCGCGCCCCCAGCCGCCCGGAGGAAGAAGAGAGGUAUUCGCGGCGUGUUGGUGGAGGCGCUGGAGUCGGCGCAGCCCGAGACCAUGGCCUACCACCAGGCGCUGGAGGCCGCGCAGGCCCGCGCGCGCCCGCCGCAAGCCGCCCGGAGGAAGAAGAGAGGUAGGAGUCCUUUAAUGGUCGCUUACAGGUCUCAUAAGAAGACUCAAGGUCACCCGAAGGUCGCUAACUAUAGGCCUGAAGGCUCAAAGUCACCCAAAGGGCAAUGGAGCGUGCUAUACUCGGAGAUUCCCUACCGAGUCAGCAAGCGCGGCGUGUCGGUGGAGGCGCUGGAGUCGGCGCAGCCCGAGACCAUGGCCUACCACCAGGCGCUGGAGGCCGCGCAGGCCCGCGCGCGCGCGCCCCAAGCCGCCCGGAGGAAGAAGAGAGUCAGCAAGCGCGGCGUGUCGGUGGAGGCGCUGGAGUCGGCGCAGCCCGAGACCAUGGCCUACCACCAGGCGCUGGAGGCCGCGCAGGCCCGCGCGCGCGCGCCCAUAGCCGCCCGGAGGAAGAAGAGAGGUGGGUGGUUUAAUCGAGUCAGCAAGCGCGGCGUGUCGGUGGAGGCGCUGGAGUCGGCGCAGCCCGAGACCAUGGCCUACCACCAGGCGCUGGAGGCCGCGCAGGCCCGCGCGCGCGCGCCGCAAGCCGCCCGGAGGAAGAAGAGAGGUCGAGAAAAGAAAGAGCCCGCGCCGUCCGACGCUGAACGCCUCGACUCAGAAACCGAGAUGCUGAAAGAAGAAGCUCUCAAGAGUGAGAUGGAACUCAAGAGCAUCAAGUCGGAACUCAACCUCAGCGAUCACACCCAGAUCAUCAAGUACGAGCCGAAUGUCAAACAUGGCGCUUGUAAGGUCGAAGGUUCAUCGAUAAAAAUGGAAGAGAAAUACAUCCAGCAGAAACAGAACAACGAAGAGGAAGACAUGCUCGACAUAGAAGAUUCCAUUCCCACCGCGUUCCUAGUCCAAAAACCAACUCACAAGCCCAUGUAUGCUGCCCAAGCGGAGCCGGUGGACAAACCGCAGGAAAUCGUCAAAGUGGAAAACCUGGUCAAAAAGGAAGAAACAGAACCGGAAGAACCGAAAGAUCAACUCGUAAAUAACCUUGAAGAGCUCCGCAAGAUGGCCGAAGCAGUUUCGUCCCAACUAGACGCGGCUAAAAAGGCCGAAGCCGAAGUCAAAGACGAAAAAGAGCCGAUAGAAGUCAAAAAAGAAGUGAUGGAACCUGAUUCUGCGCACGGGCAUUUAUACACCCGAAUGUUAGAAGGCAAAUGGUUCUCUAUUCUAAGGCAUGAGAGCUCAUUCUUGAAUAACAUAAACGAGUCCGAUAAAGCCGAUUUACCUACAUACUGCGACAAUGAGCAUACUUGUGCAGAAGUGGUGUUAUGCCAAGGGCACAAAUGGGAUGUAUCAAAUAAUUUACAUUUAUUGAAUGAUCCGAGCCUGUUUACGUUGAAUAGUAUGGUGACUAGUGUGCAAGUGCCGUCUAAUAAUGUCUACGCGGAUUCUAGUUUGACUAUGUCUGGUCUGGAUCAAGAUAUGAUGGACGCUAGUAUAAACAAAGACGUGUCUAUGCAAGAGGAGGCAGAAGAAGAGAGUAAGGAACAGGACAACGACCUGGAAAAGGAGCUCCAAGCCGACGCCAUCAAACACGACCUGGCCACCCAAAAGGCCAAAGCUAACAGCCUCACCAGUCUAGGACUCCUCAACUUUAACGCGCUGUCAACUUAUGUCACCUGUGACAGUCCGCCGCCGCUGCAAAUGUCACCCGAUGAGUUGCAACAGCUGGAAUGCUGCAAGAAGCAAGGACUACCGGCUAGAGUAAAAGGCAACUUUGUGCCUAAGGAGUUAAGACACGGCUGGUGGCGGAUCACAGAUCCGGACCAGCUGAAGGAGUUGAUGGAUUCUUUACAUCCGCGAGGAGUAAGGGAGCGGGAGCUACACGCGGCUUUCGUUCAGCAUCUGCCCACUGUUAACAACAAGAUCUACAUAGACAAAGGCGAUAUCCUGUCCACCGAACUGACGGUGUCCCACCUGGACCGAGUGAUCGCUCACGCGAGCGGCGCGCCCAGCCCCGACGCUGCCGGUUCAUACUCCGCUAGCGCCGCGCGACGCGUUGCUAUGCAGCUGUUACUUGCCGUGGAACAACUAGAAGAGCGGGUCUGUGCAGCUUCCAUGCAGACCAAAGGUUGGCGCCCCUCGCGACUCUCUCCGCCAUCAGACGCCAGCGGCGCCGAACUAGUGGCGCGCGCUCGACACCGGUUAGCAGCUGUUGAGGCACACAUAGAGCGCCGGUACCUUAAGCCGCCGCUGGUGCAAAGGUAUGCUAGCAUAGCGUUACAACUAGUGGCGCGCGCUCGACACCGCUUGGCAGCGGUUGAGGCACACAUAGAGCGCCGGUACCUUAAGCCGCCGCUGGUGCAAAGUACUUCUGAGGCGGCGAUUGGCGCGGCGUUGCAAGGAGAACACGGUAACGCUUCAGCGCCAUCGCCACAGAACUCCGACAGUGCGAGCGAGACGAAAGAAACAAAAGGCAUCGCCCGCGGUUUAGCUACGUGGCGAGAAGCAGUGGCCCGCUGCAACACUUCAGCACAGCUUGCCAUGCUGCUGCAAGCGCUAGAAAGCGCUGUGGCCUGGGACAAAAGCAUCAUGAAGGCGAACUGCCAGUUCUGCCUGAGCGGCGACAACGAGGACCAGUUACUACUCUGCGAUGGCUGCGACAAGGGCUACCAUACCUACUGCUUCAAGCCUCGCAUGGACAAGAUACCUGAGGGCGACUGGUACUGCUGGGAGUGCGUGAACAAAGCGCGCGGUGAACGCGUGUGCAUCGUCUGCGGCGGCGCUUCUAGCGGUCGCACCAUCCCCUGUGCAUUAUGUUCAAGAGCGUACCACCAGGACUGCCACUACCCACCGCUGGGCAAGAAUCCCCGCGGCAAAUGGUACUGUUCGCAGUGCAUAUCGCGCGCGCCGCCCAAGAAGCCGCGCAACACCAAGAAGCGCGACAGCAAGCAGCGCGACAACAGCGCCUCGCUCGACCUCGACCAGGCCAUGGUGCCGAGCCCGGCCCCUUCCCACGCGUCUACAUCAACCACGGCAGAAGAAUGCUCGGCGAGCGCUCUGCACACGCCAGAGAAAGCUGAGUGCGCUGACAAGCUUGACGAAACGCUGGCAGAGCCCGAGAACGGACUUAACCAUCACCCAGCGCCGCCGGACUUCGACGAAGGCCCGCCGGAAAAGCGGCGCGCGCUGCAAUACGUCGGCGGCAACGGCGCCAUACAACACGAUGACUUGGAACAACACAUUGAUGCUGAAGACCAAGACACAGAAAACGUGCCGCUAGUAUCGCGGGCGAAGAAAGAGAAGAACACCGCCAAGAAACUGCACAAGGAUCUACAGUUCUGCAAGAGUCUCCUCUGCGACAUGGAGUGCCACGAGCACGCGUGGCCGUUCCUGAUCCCGGUCAACACCAAACAGUUCCCGCAGUACAAAAAGGUCAUCAAGUGCCCCAUGGACCUCUCCACGAUUAAGAGGAAACUGCAGGAGGGCAGCUACAAAUGCAAGGAAGAAUUCGCUUCCGACGUCCGCCUAAUAUUCAGCAACUGCGAAGUUUUCAACGAAGACGACAGUCCCGUGGGCCGCGCGGGACACAACAUGAGGCAGUUCUUUGAGCAGCGCUGGCAGUAGACGCGACAACCCUGCGCGAUAUGUGACAACCCUGCGUGAUAUGUGACAACCCUACGUGAUAUGUGACAAACCUGCGUGAUAUGUGACAACUUCGCAUGAUAUAUGACAGCCUUACGUGAUAUACACUUUGACAACUUUACGUGGCAUCUGUGUGACAGCCCUGCUUGAUGCACACUUGAAGGCAUAACCCUGGACAGAGGCAAACUUCGCACAACCCUGAAGGCAAGCUAUUUCCCACAAAACCUUACGCCUGUAUUCACAAACGAUGCUUGCUUCAGUGAAGCAGCAAAUCGAACGCACAGCGUUGAAUAGAGCGUCCCUGUCACCUUGUACGUCCACGCGCACUGUGAGACCUCAGUAAUGUUUGUGAAUACGGGCGUAACAAAUUCAAGCACACUUUUCUAGACCUUAAGACCAAACAGCGGUAGUCCAAUUUACGGCUUAGGUUAGGGUUAAGGUU